AUGACAUCCGCAAGGGAUAGCGAACAGGCGCCGCUGCUCGCUGAUGAUGCUCGCGACGAUGAAGCAGACAGCGUCGAGGAUGCGCCACAGGCCAACGGCAAAGUACCAAAGCGGGAGAAACCUCGCAUUUGGCUCAGAAAGUCCUGGAAUUGGCUGUUGAACAAUCUCAUGGCAACCGCAAUCAUAUUGCUAUUACUAGGUGGCCUUAUUGCGCUACUGGUCUACUUUGCAGUCGCGUACAAUCAGGACAGUGGCGACUCUGACCCGGAAGUCCCUGACACCGUUUGCCUCACUCCGGCAUGUGUCAUUGCGGCUUCAAGGAUACUGGAAAACGUGUCACCAAGAUACCACGCAAUUGAUCCGUGUCAUGACUUUGACCAAUUCGUAUGCGAGGGUUGGCAGGAGAAACACGAUCUACGGGCAGAUCAAGAAGGCGCAUUUACAGGCACAAUCAUGGCGGAAGAUUCACAACAGAUUCUUCGUCACCUGUUAGAAUCCCCGUAUUCAGUGGACGAUUACAAGAUGGAGAUAGACUCUUCCGCCAAAAGGGAAAUCUUCAAAAAGUUACAGACGGCAUAUAAUGCUUGCAUGAAUGAAGAAGUAAUUAAAGACAUUGGCUCCGCUCCGCUUCUUGACAUUUUGCGGAAGGUUGAGGAAUUAUUUCCGGCCGCAAGGCCAGAUUUGUUCCCGUUGCUCAAGAACAUGGACCAGAAAGACUUCAUCUUGAAAGGCGAGAACCAACUUUCGAAGACCUUGACCUACUUGACGAGUAUCGGCAUGGAUCCGCUAAUCUCGUUCUAUGUCACUGCCGACGACAAAGAUCCGGAUGUCGUCGUUCCUUUCAUAGCUGCACCACGCAGGCCAGGACUUCCUACGAAAGAGUAUUACAAGAGACCGGAGUUAGUCGCCCGCUACGCCAAGACCAUUGGCCAAGUCCUGGAAGCUUUGCUCGCGGAGGCCAAAUCCGAUUCGAGACCUCUCACAAGAUUAUGGACUCAAGUUUCUACGAAAAGUGCUGAAUUGGUCGAAAGCAUUGUCUUGUUCGAGUCCAGAUUGGCUCAAGCGACACCAGAUGAAGAGGAUGCUGGAGACGUCACUAAAUACUACAACCCAAUGAACCUAGAUCAGAUCAAAGGCCUCUUACCGCAGCUGUCUGUACAAUAUCUCGUCUCCACCCUGGCCCCUGCGGACUUCAAGCCGGCGAAAUUGAUUGUCGGAUCUCCAUCCUACCUCAAGGCACUUCCUGAGAUCCUGCGAGGAACAAGUGCAGAGGCUCUGCAGGCGUACUUUGUUUGGAAGACAGUGCAAGCUUACGCAUACAGUGUUGAAGACGACGCGUUAAAGCCGUUGAAAAGGUUCAACAAUGAGUUACUAGGCAGGGAUUUUGAUGCGCCGGAGGAGCGAUGGAGGACUUGCAUCAAGGUCGCGGACAAUGGGCUCGGUUGGAUCCUCAGCAAAUUUUUUGUGGAGAAAGCUUUCUCAGACGAAGCCAAGCAUUUCGGUGAUCAGAUCGUCUCGGACAUCAAGGUGCAGUUCAUCAAGACAUUGAGGGGAGCGGAUUGGAUGAGCAAAGACGUAAGGGAUCUCGGUAUAGAGAAAGUUCACAACAUCAAACAAAAGAUAGGCUACCCCACUAAAAGCCCAGAUAUCCGCGACUCUGCUGCCCUUGAAGAAUACUAUGCGGAUGUCAAUAUUACUAGCACGGCCUUCUUCGGAAAUGCACUUUCCAUUGCCAAAUUCACCAUAGAGCGCGAAUGGUCUGCUCUAGGUAAACCUAGGAAUCGUGAUGAAUGGGGAAUGACUGCAGACACAGUCAAUGCGUAUUACAACCCAGCUGGCAAUGAGGUUGUCUUCCCCGCCGGUAUCAUGCAAGCUCCCGUCUUCUAUGAUCCAAGCAUACCUCAGUACCUGAGCUACGGCGCAUUCGGAUCUUUGAGCGGGCAGAAGCUGUCACACGCUUUCGAUUCCAUGGGACGUCACUACGACGAGACCGGCAAGUUCACAGACUGGUGGGACAAUAGCACCGUCGAAGCCUUUGAACACAAAGCGCAAUGCUUUAUCGAUCAAUACCACGAGCUUACAGUACCUAAUCCUAACGGCGAGCCAUUGCACGUGAGCGAACAUAUUGCAGAUGCAGGAGGGGUCAAGGCUGCAUUCGCGGCUUGGAAGGACGCCGAAGGCACUGAGCCUGGACAGCUUCUACCAGGUCUUCAGAAUUUCACCAAGGAGCAGAUGUUCUUUAUCUCCUACGCGACUUGGUGGUGUGGGAAGGUGAGACCAGAAGCAGCUGCGAAUCUUGUCAAUCGAGUUCCACAUGUGCCGACUAGGGCUCGCAUUCUUGGUACGAUGGCGAAUUCGCCAGAUUUCAGGAAGAGCUUUGAGUGUCCAGUCAAAGAGCCCACUUGCGAGUUAUGGUGA